CCGAGACCUGAGAUCUGUCUGAUCGACUGCUUUCUUUCUUCAUCCGCACUCUGCGGCUUACUGUGCAUCAUAAUGGCUGGCAAUGACGUCCGGGACGACCUCCCUAUGUCAAUGACAAUGGCCGCCUUUACGGGCGUCUCCUGGUGUCUGGGCGUCGAGAUCAACAUGUCGCUCUUUAUGGUCUUCAAGCGCUGGCGCGGGCUCUACUUCUGGUCGUGCGCGCUCGCUUCCUUAGGCGUCAUCCUUCAACCGCUCUUUAUUAUCCUCGCCGAUUUUCGCGUCUGGACGGACCCCGUGCCCUCAAUUGUCAUGAUCUAUCUCACCUGGCUGAUCAUGGUCGUCCCGCAGAGCUGGGUGCUGUAUUCGCGGCUGCACUUGCUCAUGAGCUCCGCGAAGACGCUGAGGAGGAUCAAAUGGGUAUUGAUCUUCACUUCGGUCGGGUUCUCUGUGCCAACCAUUGUGCUGGGAACCGUUGCGCAAUCCACGCGGAUCAGCCCGCACCUCACCUCGGUCAAUCUCACCUGGGACCGUGUGCAGCUCGUCGUCUUUUUCGUACAAGAAACAGCGCUUUCGAUUCUCUAUAUCUUCAAGACGCGCACUUUUCUCCGCGGCCGCUCUACGCUGCGCUGGUCCAUUCCGGAACCCAGCGCGACGGCAGCGCCGGCGUCGCAUGCCCAGCCUCCAGCGCUAACCGCGCACCGAGCAAUGAAGAACGAGGAGAAGGCGGUUCUCUGGCAAUUGAUCUACGCGAACACUCUCAUCAUCGCACUCGAUAUCACGCUACUGGGUAUCCAGAGCGCCGGACCGCGGCUGUUCCAUCUCCAGGGCGCAUUCAAGCCGUGCGUCUACGGGAUCAAGCUGAAGCUCGAGUUUGUUAUUCUGAAUAGGCUAAGGGAUAUUGCGACGAGGCCCGUUGGCGGUGCCAUCGGCAACUGGAACUCGGACGGAAUCUACCUCGGCGAGGGGAGUGGGAGUUCCAACUCUCAGAGCCACGGGCAUUCUCAGCGGAAUAGUCAUGGAUACGGGUCGGGCUUGGGGCAUCUGGCGCCAAAGGCCUGGCGGGCUUCGUACAGGAGAGAGGCUAGUGAUGAGGUGCAGUUGGUCGAUAGAUAG